AUGGAAGAGUUCCCCGAGCACAUUCCUGGCAGUCCCGCCAGCCAGAGCAGGGGGCGAGCGGCAGAGAUCCUCGACCGCCACCUGCCCGACGGCUACUCCGCCGACCCCGAAGCCAGCUUAUCCACCGAACCCGUCGAGGCGGCCCUUCUCGAGCCGCCAUUUACGCUGGGCCGCUCCGAGUCCCCGACGCUCUCCGCCCGCGGCAGCAGCGGUCCCCCAAAUGAAGAAGGCGAGAGCCCCGACUUGGAGGUGCUCGAGUCAUCGCUCAAGCUGCAGGGCGGCGACAUCCACCGCGAAAUGUUCCGCAUCAAAGCCCGCGCUAACUCGCUCCGCCGUGCCAACACCUUCUCACACCAGCCAUCGCCAAGCCUGCAGCCCGCCGACGAUCUCUCGUACCACGAGCAGCGCAUCCCCGGCGGCUUCCGCCGGCAACAUCUGCUGCAAGAGGCGCGUAAGCGACGAGCCUCCCGGGGGCCCGUCUUCGCGCGGAACUUUGUCGACUUCCUCGACCUCUACGGCAGCUUCGCCGGCGAGGACCUCGACGACACCGACGAUGAGACCGACGACCUCGAAGACGAAUCCGCAAUCGACGACUCCGUGCUCGCCGACGAGACCGCCCCGACCGAGGCGUCGCCGCUGAUCCCCAACCGACGACUGGCGAAGCUCGGCCGCAAGAAGAGUGUGCGGCGGCUGGCACGCGAGGGCGACGCUAGCACGCUCAAGACCUUCUUCACGCUGCUCAAGGCCUUCAUCGGCACGGGCAUCAUGUUCCUGCCCAAGGCGUUUCGGAACGGCGGCAUGGUCUUCUCCAGCAUGACGCUCGUCGCCGUUUCGCUCGUGACUAGCGUCUGCUUUAAGCUGCUGCUCGACUGCCGCGCGCGCUAUGGUGGCGGCUACGGCGAGCUCGGCGCCGCCAUCGUCGGCCCGCGCUUCCGCGGCAUGAUCCUCUUCUCCAUCACGCUCUCGCAGCUCGGCUUCGUCUGCUCGGGGCUCAUCUUCACCGCCGAGAACCUGUUCGCGUUCCUCGACGCUGUCACGCGUAGAGGCGUCGGCGGCGGGAGCGGCGUGUUCCAGCUCGGCGUGCCGGCGCUCAUCGCGCUGCAGCUGGUGCCGCUGGUGCCGAUGGCGCUGAUCCGCAACAUCUCCAAGCUGGGUCCGGCCGCGCUCAUCGCCGACGUCUUCAUCCUGUUUGGACUGGUUUACAUCUGGUACUACGACAUCCAGGCGCUGGCCUCGCGCGGACCCGCGCCCAUCCGGCUCUUUAACCCCAUCGACUUCCCGCUGACCAUCGGCUCCGCCAUCUUCACCUUUGAGGGCAUCGGGCUGAUCCUUCCGAUCCAGUCGUCCAUGAAGAAGCCGCACCACUUCGCGCCGCUGCUCUACUUCGUCAUGUUCAUCAUCACCGUCAUCUUCACCUCGGUCGGCGCCCUCUGCUACGCCACUUUCGGCGAGGGCACCAAAAUCCAGAUCAUCUCCAAUUUCCCGCAGGACUCGGCCCUCGUCAACGCCGUGCAGCUGCUCUACUCGGUCGCCGUGCUCGCCGGCGACCCCGUGCAGCUCUUUCCCGCGGUGCGUAUCAUCGAGACGUCGCUGUUCGGCGAGCGCGCGACGGGCAAGAAGUCGCUCGCGAUCAAGUGGCAGAAGAACGGGCUGCGGUCGGCGGUCAUGGCGUUGUGCGUGGGGGUGAGCAUCGUGGGCGCGAGCGACCUGGACAAGUUCGUGGCGCUCAUCGGGAGCUUCGCGUGCGUGCCGCUCGUCUACAUCUACCCCGCGUACAUGCAUUACAAGGGCGCGGCGGAGAGGCCCUGGGUCAAGGCGCUGGACGUGCUCUUGAUGGCGGGCGGCCUCGUGGCGAUGGUGUACACGACGUUUGUGACGGUGUAUCAGUGGAUCGACUCCAAAGUCUAG